AUGAUCGUCAAAGCUAGUAUGAAGACGGUCCUACCGUUAUGCCUUACGCUCCUGUCCCUUUUCAGAGCAACAAGCGCUUUGGAUUUGGACACCACUGACGCAACAUCGAUUUGUGAUGCCACGGCUUUAAUACAAGAUGGUAUGCUGGAUUACUACGAAGGUACUAGAUAUGGUGGUGCAGUGGGGAUGUUCCAAUCUCCCUACUAUUGGUGGCAUGCAGGUGAAGCGUUUGGUGGUAUGGUUGAAAAUUGGUUUCUUUGUAAAAAUGACACAUACCAAGAACUAUUAUAUAACGCGUUACUCGCACAAACUGGUGCUGAUUACGAUUAUAUCCCAGCUAAUCAAACAAUGGUUGAAGGUAACGAUGAUCAAGGUAUUUGGGGUAUUACAGUUAUGGGCGCUGUGGAGAGAAAUUUUACAGACCCUGAUAACGGUGCCCCAGGUUGGCUGGCAAUGGUACAAGCCGUUUUCAAUACCAUGUAUUCCAGAUGGGAUUCUGAACAUUGCGGUGGUGGUCUAAGAUGGCAAAUCUUCACUUGGAAUAGUGGGUAUAAUUACAAGAAUACUGUUUCGAAUGCCUGUUUGUUUCAAAUUGCUGCAAGGCUGGGAAGGUAUACUGGUAAUACCACAUAUUUGGAUGUUGCUGAACAGGUUUUUGAUUGGCUAGUGGAUGUCGGAUAUGUGGUUCUUAAUGACACUGCUAACGUGUUUGACGGUGCAGAAAUUGACACCAAUUGUACUGAUAUUACUAAAAUUGAAUGGACCUAUAACCACGGUAUUGUUCUUGGUGGUAUGGCGUAUAUGUAUAAUGCUACUAACGGAACAAGUGAAUGGAAGACCAGUUUACAACAGAUUCUGAAUGGUGCGGCGUCAUAUUUCUUCAAAGAUGGUAUUAUGUACGAAAGUGCUUGUCAAGACUAUGGCACUUGUAACACAGAUCAAAGAACAUUUAAGAGUAUCUUUUCUCGUAUGCUUGGCCUUACAAGUGUUAUGGCUCCUUUCACUAGUGACACUAUUGAUGCAUUAAUAAAGACAAGCGCUGAAGCCGCUGCCAAAUCAUGUGAUGGUGGUAGAGAUGGCCAUACAUGUGGCUUAGAUUGGGAAAAGCAAACAAACGAUGGUUACUAUGGUCUAGGUGAACAAAUGAACGCAUUAGAAGUUAUUCAAAAUCUUUUAAUUCAUGACAGACCAGCCCCAUACAAGGAAGAUAAUGGUGGUACAUCUAAAGGUGAUGCAAAUGCUGGUAUGAAUUCGUCUACAACCAGUGUGCUUCAAAAUAAUCUGAACAUCACAAAGGGUGAUCGUGCAGGUGCUGCUAUUAUCACAGCAGUCAUAUUAAGCGUUCUAAUUGGUGGUGCCGUCUGGAUGUUGUUUUGA